AUGGAUAAUAAAGAAAACAAGGGUCUUGAUGAAGAGAAAACCAAUAAGCGAAGUCCUUUUGAUGAUUUAUCUAGGGAUGAAUUGAUUGCAAAGUGUAAGGGGCUUUUAGUUUUAGCCCAAAGAGCAAAGCAAGCAAAAUCAGAUUAUCAAUUAGAGGUAGAUAAAUAUAAACAUCAAACGGCAGAAUGGGAUAAUGAGAAAAAAGGUUUGUUAACAUCUAUAAAGACUCUGCAGGAACUUGUGGAUUCACUUACUGAGCAAAAGUUAAAUUACAUAACAGAAAUAGAUAAAGUGCAAAAUAAAUUUAAAAGCAUUGAAGAUAGAUGCUGCAACUAUGAAGAAGCAGUAAAAAAAUAUAAAGAUGAUAUAUUAGAAAGGGAUCAACAACUUGCCACAUCUUUACAAAAAAUAUCAGACCUAGACAGUGAAAUAAUAUCCUUUAGAAGACAAAAUAAUAGACUUAUGGAAGAAAAUGAACAGCUUAUAAAUCAGAUGACUGAGUUAGAAGCGAGUACUUCAGAAUUUAAUAAAAUAGGUCUGCAACAAAGAGAACAGUUACAAAUGCUAGAACAACAAAUAUGCGAGGAUAGUACUUACAGUAACAAAAUCGAUAAAUUAAGCAAUACAAUUAAAGAAUUGGAAAGUGACUUAGAGAAGACUAAAAAAGAAUUACUUGAUAAAGAUGCUGAGACAAAAAUAAAAUUAGAUGAAAUAAAUAUGUUAUAUGAAACAGAAAAAACUAAAAAAGAUAAAGCAAAUAUUAAACUUAAAAGUUAUAAAGACAAAAUAUUAAGAUGUGCAUCAUGUAUAAAUCAACUUAAAAAUGCUAGAUACAUACUAACAAAAACUAUCAAGGAAUAUUCAGAAAAUAUACCUAAGUGGCAGGAUGAAAUUAGAAAAGCUUCACUCCUACUUGAUGCACAGAUGAAUGACUUGAACAAGGAGAAUUUAUCAUUAAAGACUAGAAUUGAAAAACUGGAAGAACAACUUCAUGAAAUUAAUACAUCCCAAAAUAAUGUAAAAUCACACAGUUCUGAAGAACUGAUAUUUGCCAGAAAACAGAUCAAUGAUUUAGAAGCUGACAACAUUAAACUAAAAAAAGAUCUAGAACACCUGACAUCUACAUAUGAAGAUGUACAAAAUGUAACUGAAAAUGAGAAUAAGGUUCUCAAGGAUAAUUUAAAUGCAAAAAUAGCAGAACUAGAUAAUGUAACAAAGGAAUUACAAAACUUACACAUAUAUGCAGAAAGACUUGAGGCAGAAAAUGAAAAACAUACAUCAAAUGAAGAUAAAAAUGCAAAUGAAACUCUUAUUUUACAAAUAAAAGCAUUGGAAAGUGAAAAGUCAAUGUUGGUCAAAGAAAAAUUAUCUGCCAAAGAUAAUAUAAUAGAAUUGGAUAAUUUAAAUAAAUCAUUAAAUAAUGAUAAAGCUAAGUUGAAAAAAGAACUAGAUGGAGUUAAGAUAGAAUUGGAAAGACUUUCUAUAGAAAAUAUUAAGUUCAAAGAAGGUUUCUCAAAGGAAAAGGAUCAAGAGUUUAAACAACUUGAAAUUAAUUUAAACAAUGCACAGUCUCAGUAUGAGAACUUAAAAAAAGAAUUUGAAAACUUACAAGAUAUGAAUGGUUUGCUGAGAGAGGAAAUAGAGACUCUUAAAUUUUCAUUAGAGCAGCCAAAUGAUGAAACCGAGAAUUUAUCAGAUGUUAACGCAUUGCUUCAAGCUGAUCUUGUCAAAUUAGAAACCAAGUUGUCAGCAUAUAAACAAGAAAACGCAACACUUUUAGCAGAACUAAAAGACUGCAGAGGCAAAAUGAAAGCUUAUGACGAAAUCGUUGUUGAAUAUGAAGAUUCAAAAUCAAAGCUGCUGAGUUAUAAAACAGAAAAUAAUGAAUUACUAAAUGAAAUGAAAGAAAUCAAUCAUGUCUUAAAGGAAAGAGGAGAGACAAUAUCAAAAUUGCAAAAAGCUGUUUCCGAAAUGGAAACCCUAAUUGAAACCCUUGAAAAAGAAAAAGAUGAAAAGCAAAAUGAUUUAAUGAUGAAAAUUAAUGCAUUGGAAAGCAAUUUAAAAAGUGCCGAAUUCAAUACAAGUAAAAGAUGUGAAGAUUAUGAGAAACUUAUAAUGGAAAGAGAUAAUGCUGUCGAAACUUUGCAAGAGAAAGAAGGUUAUAUAGCAAGUUUGGAAAAAGAAUUGGAGAGGCUUAAAGCUGCUUCGUGUAAUGCAAUGGAGUUACCAAAUGAAGACAUGUCAACAUCAACGAUUUCAAAAGCCGAAGAGCAUUCGCGAAUGAAAGAUCUCGAUGAAACAUUUGAAGACAAAUAUACAAAACUACGUAUAUUUGCGCUUAAACUGAAGAAAAAACUAAACGAGACGAUUUUACAACUCCAAACAUCGGAACAAGAGAAUGUUAAAUUGAAGAAACUUCUAGAUCAAUCCAACAACAGUGUGGAUGAAGUGGACUCUAAAGAUGCCGGUUUAGAAUUGGCAUCUAAAAUAAAAUCUUUGACAUCUGAUGUGGAACGUCUAGAAGCGGAUCUGUCUCAAAAAACGGAGCAAUUAAAGUCCGAAGUCAAUGCGCACGCGUCGACGAAACAGCAAUUAGAAAAAGCAUUACGCGAUGUGAAGAAGAAAAACGUGCUUAGCUUAGAAAUGGAAGAUUACGAAAAGUCCAUGAAAGAUUUGACAAAUAAGAUGGAAGAAAAGAAAAAGAAAAUUAUACAGAUGGAGUCUACAAUCGACACCCAAGAAGGUACAAUCACAGCAAUGAAAACACAAAUAAAACUACUUGAAGAACAAAUAAAAUCCGAAGAAACUGAAAAUCGACAUCUCAGAGAAGAACUACUACAGGCAAUACAAGACAGCAAAGAGAAAGAUAACGUUAUCAAUGCAAAAAGAGAGAUCAUAGAAAAAUUCGUUCAAGAUUCCGAAGAUGAGAAACGGAGAAAUGAAGACGCUCUUCUAGAAAUAACAGCUUUGCUGAGUGAAAAGGAGAAAGUUAUUAUGAACUUGGGAGAAGAAAGAGUCGAGUUGAAUAAUAAAAUGAAGAAGGUAGAGUUCAAGUGUGGAGAAUUGGAUGAGAAAUUGAGGAUAACGAAUAUCGAAUUGGCUGAUUUAAAAACUGAAUAUACAAGUUACAAGGUGAGAGCCCAAGCAGUGUUGAGACAGAAUCAAACAAUCGACCACAGCCAAGAAGAACAACUGAAGGAGGAGACGGCUGCUUUGAAAGCUCAGAAUGAAAGCUUGAACACAAAAUUGAAUACCUUACACGAUCAGUAUACAGAACAGAGUGCAGAAUUGGAAGCAACAAGGAAGCGUGCGGUCGAAGCCGGCGCUGAAGCGUCGCGUGCGCAACAAAGAACUGCGCGACUGCAAAGCGAUCUCACCCGUCUUUCCCAGCAACUAGAAUCAGAGAGAAGUCAACACAAAUUACAGAUAUCAACAUUAACGCAAUGUUACAAGUCACAAAUAACGGAUUUGGAGGCGAAACUUCAGAAGGAAAGUGAGAAUUUGCGGAAACAGAUCGCAAUAGUUCAAGAGAGCGUCAAAUAUGAGGAGGACUUGAAAUUUGUACCAGUUAAAGAUGACUCCAGUGAUGUGGAAUUGGAUAUUAAUGUGUCCAUGAUUCCGAGGGAAGAAGGAGAGGGAUCAGAAUCCGCGCCAUCUCCACCGCUGUCGAAGUCCUUCUUAACAGCUGGCAGACGAUCCCCCGUACCACUAGACAGGUUGCUGGAGGAUGGCGUGGCUGAAGACGACACACUUGAUACAUCAUCAUUGUCUCUCACGCCGGAACAGGAAAUUCUAGAUCUUAAGCGAAAAGUGUUUACGUUGCAGCAGAGGGUAAAACACGUGACAGUAUUGCUCUCGGAAUCAGAAAGGGAGUGUGCUCGUAUGGUUCAGCUAACUGAGCUUUUGAAGGCGGAGCUGCGACGUGUACGCGGCGCAACGCAACACGCACACAACACCGAAUAUAUGAAGAAUGUGACGCUUAAAUUCCUAACACUGCCCCCUGGCGAUGAAAGGUUUCGCCUUGUUCCAGUCUUACAGAAAAUCUUGACACUUUCAUCCGAGGAAACGCAGAAAAUACAAGCUCUAGCUAAAGGUUUGGAUCCGAAUCCAAGUAAAGGCUGGGGCAGUUACCUACCUUGGCCCGGUGGUAAAUAA